AUGGCCACGCAUGCAUUCGUUGCAGCUAAACUGGAUUACUGUAGCACAUUCCACACCAGGCUGCCCUUGAAGACUGUUCGUAAAUUUCAAUGAAUGCCGAAUGUUGCUGUUAAAACCUUGGUGUCAAAUGAUCCCUUGCGAUAUUAGCUACGUUAGGGUUGCUGGUCUGAACGAAAUUCAAACAGCUGGCCAUUACCUUCAAAGUCCUAAAUGGCAGGAGGCCAAAUUACCUAAAUGAAUGCAUGGGUUUGGCAGCACUCUAAGAUGAAACCUUCCUGUGCGUGGCAUCACCUUCAGAGCCACGGCUGGGAGUAAUGGAUAAGAAGGACUUUUCUGUAGUGGUGCUUGAUGUCUGGGACUCCCUGGAGGGUAGACUGUCUCCUUCCUUGCUAGUGUCCCACCGUUAUUUGAGAACUUUUGAUGUCCAUGCUGCUUAGAUUUCUCCAAACUUUUAAUCCAGCCUAGAUCUCUUAGUUUUUUUUUAAUUUUUUGUAAAGAGUAUCUUGCUGUCUCCCUGCCCAGGCUGCCCUUAUUUCGUUAGGGGUUUGUCAGUUUAUUGGUGGUUUGUAAUUUGCAUUUUGCAUCUGCCGCACUGGGCACAGUGCCUUUUAGCCCAUCCAGAGGAACGAAACACAUCUGGAAUCUUAUUUCUACACCCAGAUUGCCCUUGCCUGAUCAAGACAUUUUGGGGCAAUAAACUGAUUGCGUAUAAUGGCCUUAAUUUGUUACUUAGGGUUGCCACCAUGUGGCUGACAUAUGUAGAUUUUUAAAAUAAUAAUAAUAAUAAAUAAAAAAUAUGUAUGUUGCUCUACCAGAAUCUCUCCUGCUAAUCAAGCGUUUUGAUGAAUUAAUCUCCUGCGUUUCAAUUUAUAUGAAGAUUUACAUAUGGUGAAACCUUCUUAUGGAAAUCGCAGGGAGGAUGCGACACGCAUUCAUUAAGGCACCCUGAGUAUCUGCAUUUUAAAGGGCUUUGGCUGUCUUAAGGAAAAUGCCCAAAACAAAUGAUUGGUUUAGGAAAACGUGAGUGCUUUUAAAUACAUGUUAUUAAAUAGCACACUUCUCUUUUUGCCUUUUCUCUUUCUUUCUUUUCCCUUCCUUUUUUGUUGCUGUUGCUGUUUAAAGGUUAUUGGCAUUUUUAAGCAUUAUUCAAAUGGGCUUCACCAUCUGAUGGUUGAACUUUGAUGGUGCUUUCCAAUCCGCUGCUUUCCCAAUUUCGAUGCCAACAAACAAGCAGUCUCAAAAGAGGGAAGGACCUCUCAGCACGAGUUCUUCUUCUGUAAAGGUUAUAGUAAACAUGUCAAAGCCUAAUUAAGUAGAAAAUGUUGUCUGUGUCGUGGGGGAGGGGUUGUAACUUACUUCUAUCAGUCAGACCGUCUAAGAGGAUAUGCAAUACCAUGACGGGAAGAGAACAGCAAAUUGAAGGGAGAAAUGGCUUUUAUUUACCCCAUAAAAGUAAAAUCAGUAUGGCCUCAAAGAUAGAUUUCAGGGUGCAAUUCCAAAAUCCAGAAGACAGGGCCACUGGAAGAGUUGAAACUCCUGCCAAUGUGAUGCCACCAUCUUGCCUGGUUCUGAACCACAUGCCCCUGAUGGCUAACAGGUUAGGGGGUUUGCUAUGGGUGCAGUUCUGAAACUUGCUACCUGCAAGAACCCCAUGGAGUGUGAUUUCCAUAAGCAACCUUAUCAUGGUAGUAGCCACAGCUUCAGCCUCAUUAAGGCAAGAGUAGUCAAGAUGGCACCCUCCAUAGAUCGUAUACGGCAACUUCCACAAGUCCCUUUACCGCUGAACAUGGCAAUUGUGGCUCAUGGCCGUUGUCACCCACAACAGCUGGAAUAGUUACCCCUGAACUAAAGUAUCAUUUAAGUUGGGCCUGCUGUAACAAAGGUGGGGAAGGAAUUCUGCCGAAAACUAAGACUGUUCUAAACAGGGGUCAGAAGAAGCUGGAACAGGAUCUAGUGAUAGAUCUCGGGGUGAUUUUCAGUAGAUCUGAAAACUGUCUUAACAAUGGCAACAACACAAUGAUCUCCCCCAAAAUUAGACUGUUGAAGAAAGCUUGGGGUCAUCAGGAACAGAUUUUUGGGUCAAAGGACUGUGAGCUUGGUGUGGUUCUGGUGCUCAAAACUAAUCUAUGUGUUCAUGCAGCAGCUGCUCAGAGCUAUUAUGUUAUUUAACUCUUACUGUAUGUCUUUCACACCUGGCUCCAGUUCUAAGUUCUAAAUACAAAAAAAAGUAGAUCCCACAAGCCUGACAUCUGCCCUCCCCCGCCUUAGAACACCACUGCAAGAUAGGCUGUGUACACACUCCCAUUGUGUACACAGCAUCGAGUGUGCUCUCAUUGUUGGUUUGGGUGAUAGUGUACACACAAAUAUUUGUUACAAUCCAUAUCUAUCCUGUUAUGUCCUAUGAAAUACUGCAUUUUGAUGUGCUUUUCCCUAAAGCAGCUUCAAUCCAAAUUGAGAAAAGGAAUGGCCUUGGAGCAUUUUAAGCUAGUAAGAGUAGAUAGAUUUGUGUUUAAAUUUGACUUAGCCAUGACUUAACUUAGCUCCCAUUGAAAUAAAUGGGAACUAAAGACAACUAACCUAGUCUAGUUCUAACAUCAUAUAAGGUAGAUCAGUAUAUGUCCAUGUCUAAUAGAUGGCUGAGCUGUCCAAAUUCGCUAUGUGUCUCCAAAGCUUCUCCAUCUCAAUAUAAUACAAGCAGUGUCAUUUAUUCAAAUGCCAUGUCAACUGGAUGUACCCAAGGCCAUUUGCGUAACCAAAAUUAUUCUCCAUUCAGCAGGUGGUGUGGAGUUGUAAAUUUUUAUCUCUAUGAAUUGAUCAGAAAUUUUACGCUGUCUGCAUAAAAAUGUCAGAAUCCCUUUAUUUGGAUUAUGGGCUGUGAUGUUAAAAUAGAUUAUUGGCGGUACAAGGUUUUAAAAAAGAGAAAAUCUGUACACUGGCAUAGAAAAUAUUAUUCUAGUUUACCCAUUUGGGUUUUCAACAUAUUUUAAUAAGGAUUAAUAGAUUAUGCAUGUCACAUAUAUCUCUAUGUUAUGUACAUUUAGUACUACAAAUAUAGGUAGACUUCCUCCUGAGUAAGGGGCCAGAAUUACAUUAGUUUCAUUUUUUCUGAGCAUCCUGAAAUGUUUUAUUAAGAUCAUCAAAUGGCAUAACAUUGUUUUACCUUUACAUAACCCAUAGAAACAAGAAAACCAGAGACUUUACCUCUUUUCCGUGGCCAGUUGUCAUUUUCUGGAGUGGGUUGAUAUCCAUUUGAGGGCAUCAUUUUAAUGGGUCUUAAAAUGAUCUCACAUAUUAAUUUUCUAACUGUUCCAUUAAGGGGUGGUUAGAGCUAUACUGUUGCAACAGGAAAAUUAUUAACUCAAAAUCUCUAGAAGUUACAAAGAAUUAUGAUCAUCUGCCAAUAAAAACCAACAAGCUUUGCCAGCUUUUUCACUCCUUGCGCUAACAGUCCAUAAAGCAGAAGGUUAAACCUAAAUCCAGUAGGGAAAAGCAAAUGCCAGAACUAGAGAAAUGAACGUGCAGUGUUCUUUUUUUAUAAUAUUUUUUAUUAAUUUUUCAUUAAUAAUAAUCCAGUAUGAGCCACAUUAAUACAAUACCAAAUCAUAAUACAAUUAAAAUUAAUACAAUUAUUCCAUUCCAAAUUAAACAUUUUUGGGUGACUUCCCAUGUUCUGAUUUUGUGCAGUGUUCUUGCUUAUGCUGAUGUUUCAUGUAUCGACAUUCCUUUUCAGGUUAUGUCCAAGAUGAUGAUUUGAAAGAGGAGGAAGACGUAAAAGAGGAGGAAGAGGAUGACGACGAGAGCAACUCGACAGCUCGUCUUCAGGGCAGCAAUGACCCUGGCACAGAUGAAGAACAUGAUGCAGGUCCUGACCCAAAAGGUGGCUUUAGCUACCAGAACUCUCCAGUAAGUCAUAUCUCUAAUCAGGAUGUUGAAAACGAAUCCCUGUUAAGUGAUGCGAGUGACCAGGUGGCGGAUAUUAAAAGCCUUUGUUCUAGAGAGCCACAAGACCCCAAAGCCAAUGCCCACCCCAAACUUCCCAGUGAAGCACAUAGCUGCAUGGAUAAAAUGACAGCGGUAUACGCCAACAUCCUUUCAGAUUCUUACUGGACAGGUCUAGGACUCGGACUCAAGCUGUCCAACUCGGAUAAGAGGGGCUGCGACAACAGGAACGGGGCAAGCAAAAGUGACUUUGAUUGGCACCAAGACGCACUGACCAAGAGCCUGCAGCAGAGCUUACCAGCACGGCCUAUCUCCAAACCAAACCUUUUCAGCUCAGUCCAGCUCUACAGGCAAAGCAGCAAAAUGUGCGGGACUGUAUUCACCGGCGCCAGUAGGUUUCGGUGUAGGCAGUGCAGUGCUGCCUAUGACACCCUGGUGGAGCUGACUGUCCACAUGAACGAAAGUGGUCAUUAUCAAGAUGACAACCAUAAGAAAGACAAGCACAGGCCUGCCAGCUACUCCAAGCCCCGCAAAAGGGCCUUUCAGGACAUGGAUAAGGAAGAUGCCCAGAAAGUCCUGAAAUGCAUGUUCUGCGGCGACUCCUUCGAUUCCCUUCAAGAUCUAAGCGUCCACAUGAUAAAAACAAAACACUACCAAAAAGUGCCUUUGAAGGAGCCGGUGCCUACCAUUUCUUCCAAAAUGGUAACUCCAGCUAAAAAACGUGUGUUUGACGUCAACAGGCCUUGUUCUCCAGACUCGACCACGGGGUCGUUUGCAGAGACCUUUUCUUCCCAGAAGAAUGCAAACCUGCAGCUGUCCUCUAACAACCGCUACGGCUACCAAAACGGAGCCAGCUACACGUGGCAGUUUGAGGCGUGCAAAUCACAGAUCCUCAAGUGCAUGGAAUGCGGGAGCUCGCACGACACGUUGCAGCAACUCACCACACACAUGAUGGUGACGGGCCACUUCUUGAAGGUCACGAGCUCGGCCUCCAAGAAAGGAAAGCAGCUUGUUUUGGAUCCGCUGGCUGUGGAGAAGAUGCAGUCGCUUUCCGAAGCGCCGGCUGGCGGCGAUGGUCUGCACGUGAAGCCCUCCAGUAACGCGUCGACGGAUUCUGCAGCUCCUGCUUUGGAGCUGAAGAAAGAAAGGAAGCAAAACAAAACGGAGGAAGUGAGCAAAGACGAGAAAGCGGUGAAGAAUGAAGACUACGAAGACACUCUUCAGAAACCGCUGGACCCUACGAUAAAAUACCAGUAUCUUCGGGAGGAAGACCUGGAAGAUGCUUCCAAAGGUGGUGGAGACAUUUUGAAGUCUUUGGAAAACACGGUCACCACUGCCAUCAAUAAAGCUCAAAACGGAGCACCCAGCUGGAGUGCGUAUCCUAGUAUCCAUGCAGCUUAUCAGCUUUCAGAAGGAGCAAAGCCUUCCUUACCAGUGGGGUCCCAGGUGCUACAAGUUAGGCCAACAGUCACGAAUAAGCUGAGGCCUAUUGCUCCAAAAUGGAAAGUAAUGCCUCUGGUUCCUAUCUCAGCUAACAUGGCCCAAUGCACUCAAGUGAAGAAGGAAGGAGACACCAAAAAGGAAGCACAAAAGGACCAUGUUAAAGAGGGCAACAAAGUUGUGGAUGCAGCCCCUGCCUGUCAAAAUGAAGGUCACUCUCCCCCUCAAGUUGAGGUGUGUGUAGAGCCUAAAAAUCCAGAGCCAAGUCCUUUGAAAGAAGAGGACAAGGCAAAAGAUGAGGAGGAGAAAGACAAAACAAAUGCAAAGGAAUCGGCACCAUCAGCUCUUACCAAUGGGUGCACUACUUCUAACCACUCCUCUGAGCUGCCUUGUCUAAACCCUCUGAGCGCUCUGCAGUCUGUGCUGAAUAACCACUUGGGCAAAGCCAACGAGCCUUUGAGACCUCAGUCCAACACCAGCCCCAGUUCAAGUGCAGUCUCUGUGUUCCACAAACCUAAUUUAAACAUGAUGGAGAAGCCAGUUCUGUCUCCCACCCCAGCACCAACGAAACCUGCAACCGUUACAUCCAGGCAUUAUGUGUUCGAAAACAGCGAUCAGCCAAUAGACCUGACCAAAUCUAAAAGCAAGAAGGGAGAGUCUGUUCAAGCACAAUCUUGCACUUCCCCACCUCAGAAACAUGCCCUGUCUGACAUUGCAGACAUGGUCAAAGUUCUCCCCAAAGCUACGACGCCAAAACCUGCUGCCUCGUCCAGAAUACCAUCGAUGAAACUGGAAAUGGAUGUCCGGCGUUUUGAAGAUGUCUCAACAGAAGUCUCCACGUUGCACAAAAGAAAGGGAAGGCAGUCCAACUGGAAUCCUCAACAUCUCCUCAUUUUGCAAGCUCAGUUUGCUUCCAGCCUUUUCCAAACUUCCGAAGGUAAAUAUUUAUUGUCAGACUUGGGUCCUCAAGAACGCAUGCAGAUUUCCAAAUUUACUGGACUGUCCAUGACUACGAUCAGCCAUUGGUUGGCAAAUGUCAAGUACCAACUCAGAAAAACUGGAGGGACAAAGUUUCUGAAAAACAUGGAUAAAGGGCACCCCAUCUUUUAUUGCAGUGACUGUGCAUCUCAGUUUAGAACCCCGUCAACGUACAUCAACCAUUUAGAAUCCCAUCUAGGUUUCCAAAUGAAAGACAUGAACAAGCUGGCUGUGGAGCAGCAAACCAAGGUAGAACAAGAAAUCUCCAGAAUUUCAGUUCAAAGGUCUCCUGAAACAAUAGCUGGAGAAGAGGACACAGACUCUAAGUUCAAAUGUAAGUUGUGCUCUCGGACAUUUGUGAGCAAACACACAGUAAAACUUCAUCUAAGCAAAACACACAGCAAGUCGCCAGAACACCAUUCACAGUUUGUAGCAGAAGUGGAUGAAGAAUAACUCCUAAGGUAUGCAUGCCUUAACUGCAAAAUGAGUUUAAAUAUUAUGUUUAUCAAAGGAAGCUCUCAAAGCACUUCUGCUUUCGUAAAACAAUUGUGUUUUCCAGGAUGUCCAUUUCUUUCUGGACAGUGGCUCCUCUAACUGUAACUGCUGCAUGAUGGGACAAAUUUAAGGGGUGCAACUGCUUCCAUGAUGGGAAAACUUUGCUUUUUUUGCAUUUUGCUCAGCCAGGCUGCUGUUAAAGGCACAGGAACCUCUGCCAAGAAAAAAAUUGGCAACCUCGUUUGCUGUUGACACUAUGUUCCCACUUAGCUAUCCAGUCCAUUAAUCUUGCAUUUGAAAAGCAAAGCUUGACAAACACUUCACUCUAAUGGCUUCUAUUGAAAUUGUAUUUGCUUGUAAUAUUUUAAGCAUCUGUGUCACCCUUUUGUCCCAUAAUCUGCACAGAGGAGUGGGAGUCACAGCAACUCGGAUGGCAUUGUCAUGUGUUUUCAGUGUCGUUUCAGACAUGGAUUGCCACAUUUGAUGAUGAUUUCCUUAUGGUUUCAAGGACCUCUUUCGCUGCUUCUCCUUACACUGGCCAUUUGAUUGUGCAUUAUGUCUGUCUAAAUCAGAGGAGGCUAACCUGUGAUACCCCCCCUGAUGUUGCUCAACUACAACUCCCAUCACCCCAACCAUUGACCAUGCCGGCUGAGACUGAUGGGAGCUGGAGUCCAACAACAUCUGGGGGACAACAGGUUAGCAAUCCCAGUCUAUAACUUUUUGUCCUGUAAGACCUCCAACAACCUCUUUAUUUUUCUGAUGCAAUGUAAGGUGGGAUGUCCAAAGCACAGUCGUUGGGUGCAUACCAUGUUCAAUCACUGUUAGUCUCCAUGAGUACUGGGGUUAGAUGGAACAAUGGUCCAAUUCAUCACAAGGCAGCUUCAUGUCGUCCCAUGGCUUACCAGGAUGCCAAGGGAUCAUACUCUCUUGUAAAGGGACUCUCUGCAAAUGAGCUCCCAAAGGUUGUAAAGCUACAAAAAAAAUAUACCUACAUCCAAGCAGCCUUUUUUGGGGAAAGAGCUCAAUGAGGAAGAGGGGUUCCAGGGGGUCCCUGCACCACAACAAGCAGGUGCUAAGCAGGCAGAAAAACAAGGUAGGCUAGAAAUCCACACCAGAUAGUCCAAAGAGGCAUGAGAGAUGGGAAGCAGGAGUUCCUUAUCCUAUUUAUAAAGUUUUAUACUGCUUUUUUAUGUCUGAAGUUAAAAUUUAAAAAUGGUAAAAAACGAGACACUUGCAUUUCAUCUCCCCACACUUCUGGGGUCAUCCUGAAGCGAGGAUGGGGAACCUGCAGCCCUCCAGGAUUGCUGGACUCCAGCUCUCAUCCUCCCGCUUAUGCAUAGCCAAUGGGCAGUGAUGAUAGAGUUGUAGUCCAGCAACAUCUAGAGGGCCCCCUCUGUUCUAAAGUGAGAAAUGCAUUCCAUCCCCUUUCUCUGUCCAGCACCCGGAAGCACAGGGAGAGGAGAUGCAUGUCACACUUCCCCUCUCCCCACUUCUAUGGAGCAUCCCAAGGGGCUUUACUUAGGUGUCAAUGUCCAAGCUUACCUUGCUAUAAUAGCUCCUGCAUGCCUAAUCUGUGUGCUGAUUAAGAGCCCGAGAACCCCGGGAAGAUGCAAAAGGGGACAGGACUCUGCUUUUUUAAUGGUUGUGUAAGGGAGAGAAUGGCAACGGGUUUAAUUUGUCAUGCAACUUAUACACCUGCUGAAGUUCCUCCUUCUUCUCUACUAUUAAAGGUGCAGGAACCUUGUCCUUUUUUUGCAUCUGAUCACCCUAGAUGCAAGUAAGGGUCGCCUAGACUCCAAGGUGCAGUUGCCGGCUCCCUCUCCCAACCCCAUAUGCACUGGCUAUUUGUCUUCUAUGUUCCUCUUCCUGUUCAAAACGUGAAUUCUCUGCGGCCAGAAGGUAACACUCAACGGUUGAGUAGACCAAAGUCUAUACAAUACACUGAAAGCCUGUAUUCCAAAAGAAAAAAAGGGGAGGCGGGGAGAUAACAUUGGUUAUGUAGUCAUUAUUCUAGAUAAACAUAUGGCAUCAUAGAUUCAUUUGUGUAACAAUAAAUUCCUUUGUCACAUAUAAACGUAUGUAGAAGUCUCACUCUUUAAUUAUUCUGGCUAGUCUUAACUGCCCUUUUGAAUGUUUACACAGUCCUUUCCUUUGUAAUCAGAUACAUGUUGCUUAGCUCAUAGCAUUAUACACACACUGCUCAAUACAGUGCACAUUAUAUUGGAGAAAUGAAUAGAGCCCCAUAUUGACUUGAAUUGAACAUGUCCUGCUUAUUCUGGUGUGGUCUCAUAUGCUUGCAAUGCAAUCCCUCUUCCUUUCAAGGAGCUGCCGUUAGAACCCCACGCCAUGCGUGAAUUGAAGCGCCACACAGCUCCCGUUGUUUCCAGAACCGUUUUUAGUACAAGGUUGUCUUUUCUUUUUAAGAAGGAGAGAGAAAACACACAGACCCAUUUGUAGCGAGCUGCUCGUUUUCAAUCCUGAAACAGGGGGCAAAUAAUUCAAGAAUACACUUACAUCUAGCAUUUAUGAAUAUACUAUUAGUCUGAUGCAUAAUAAAUAAAGCCUGCUUAACUCCAAAACCUGACAUCUUACAUUUUUAAAUUAGUAACGAGCAUCUGAUAGCCCAAAUAAACUGUUGCGGCAGAGGAACAUUUCAUUGAGAUGGAGGGAAUUUGCUUCCUAGCAGGUGUGCUGAAAGGGACGCAGGUGGCGCUGUGGUCUAAACCACAGAGCCUAGGGCUUGCCGAUCAGAAGGUCGGCAGUUCGAAUCCCCGUGACGGGGUGAGCUCCCAUUGCUUGGUCCCUGCUCCUGCCCACCUAGCAGUUCGAAAGCACAUCAAAGUGCAAGUAGAUAAAUAGGUACCACUCUGGCGGGAAGGUAAACAGCGUUUCCGUCCGCUGCUCUGGUUCUCCAGAAGCGGCUUAGUCAUGCUGGCCACAUGACCUGGAAAAACUGUCUGUGGACAAACGCCAGCACCCUCGGCCUAUAGAGCGAGAUGAGUGCCGCAACCCCAGAGUCAUCCGCAACUAGACCUAACGGUCAGGGGUACCUUUACCUUUUUAGGUGUGCUGAAAGGGACGUGGGUGGUGCUGUGGUCUAAACAACAGAGCCUAGUGCUUGUCGAUCAGAAGGUCGGCGGUUUGAAUCCCCGUGACGGGGUGAGCUCCUGCUGUUUGGUCCCAACUCCUGCCCACCUAGCAGUUUGAAAGCACAUUAAAGUGGGAAGGUAAACAGCGUUUCCAUGCACUGUUGGUUCGCCAGAAGCGGCUCAGUCAUGCUGGCCACAUGACCCAGAAGCUGUCUGCGGACAAACGCCAGUUCCCUCGGCCCAUAGAGCAAGAUGAGCGUGCAACCCCAGAGUUGUCCAUGAUUGCACCUAACGGUCAGGGGUACCUUUACCUUUAGGUGUGCUGAAGAUUGCAACUAACAGCACAAUCCUAGGAGUAUAGGAUUGCAGCCUAAACUCUGAAGGACUUGCAUUCAGCAGGACUGGGUGAGUGCUCUACAAAGAAUUCCUGUUGUCUGGGAACAAAGACAUAUAUAGAUAUUUGGAUAUUUUGAAUGAGUUUUUGCCCUGCUACAUACCGGUAUAUGCAAUUAGUUGUGAAACUUACCUUCCACAUCAACGGUGUAAAAGCCAGCACAACAUCUGUAUGUAUUACAGCUUUUGAAUGGAAUUUAUGGUGCAAUCAUCCCAACCCCAAGAUUCAGGCAUGUUCUGAUGAGAAGAAGGAGCUUCUGCAGUUCAGGGACACUCUCUUCAUUUCAGUGAGCAAUCCAGUUCAUAUCUGCAAAGGAAGAUAUGCACACGAAGUAGGCUCCUUCUUACACUGGAAUAAAUGCAGGGGGGUAUUGUUGAGGUGUUUAAUUUGCAAAUUGGUCAUUGAGAUACUGCAAACGGUUGGCCAGCAAUAGGGAGUCUUCUUACAAACCAGAUUUCCUCCAGAAAGAGUAAAUCUGGAUUAAAUUGAGCUGGGGGGGGGCAGGGAGGAUAUGGGGUAGUAUUUUGAUGCUGAUGUCAUCAUAUGGAUGCUGCAAAAAAAAAGCUUGUUUGCACGAGGAGCUCCAAUCCCACAAUAUUUGCCUGUCUGGAAACAUCCAUGGUGAGACAACCAUUUGCCCCAAAGAGGGAAACAAUGUGCUUCGCUGAUCUGUGUUGGAGUUCUGAUACAAUCAGGGCUGGAUUUAGGUUUGAUGAGGCCCUAAGCUACUGAAGGUAAUGGGGCCCUUUAUGUGUUCAGCUGUCCUUUGUCAACAACAAAUUGUUGCUGUUUUUUUGUGCUGAAUAUAUGCCAUAUGGUAAUUGGUGAACCUAAGAGGUAUCUAAAACCAUUUGCACAUGCAGAAUGUAGGCACCCUUUAUACUGAAAUGAGCAAACUAGUGAUAUUUUAGGGAGCAGGCUAGCAGGCGGGGCCCAUUGCUUACAUCAUAGGAGCCUACACAACACAAAGCACUGCUGCGGUAUGUAGGUUUUCUUUUAUUUGUUUUUUAUCUUAUAUUUUAGAAACAUACAUCUGGUUGUUGUUUUUUCCUUUAAUUUUUUUGGGGGGCCCCCAAGAGAGUGGGGUCCUAAGCCAUAGCUUGUUUAGCUUAUACAGUGGUACCUCUGGUUAUGGAUUUAAUUUGUUUCCGGGUGCCACGCACACCCCAAAAAAUCUGUAACUAGAGGCGCCGUUUCUGCGCAUGCGCGCAGAGCAAUAGAGCGCUUCUGUGCAUGCGCAAGCGGCAAAACCCGGAAGUAUACACUUCCAGAUUUGCUGUUGCCAUAACCCGAAGAUUCCAUAACCUGGAGGUUACACAACACGAGGUACCACUGUACGUAAAUCCUACAACAGUGAAAGGGCAAUAUUCUCCUGAGUGAUAGUACUUAGACAGCCGCGUGGAAACGAGGUGCAAAGAAUAAAGCAUUACAGAAGUGCUUCUUCACUGGAGAGACCUGUCAGGAGUAAGCAUGGACCAAUGGUACCAAAUAGUAUGGGAAACAGCCUUACUAGAAAAAUUAACCAAUAAACUGAAACUGACACGGGGACAAAUAGAAGAAGACGCCUUUACCCUGGUAUGGCUCCCCUUUAUCACAUACACAGCCCAAUAAGACAAUGACAAUAAUCCACCAACAGCAUACAAAUCAAUAUGGCUAACCUGAUCCAAAACACCCACCCACCCCACUCACACAUGAAAACAAAGACCACCACAGCCAACCACAAACAAACAACCACACCCUAGGCCAACCCCAACCUCUCUCACCACCAAAGGAACACAAGUGAACAGCAGAGAACCUGCACAAGCAACGCUGACACCAAACCCUACAUACAUUAAGCAAAAUAGAAACAUUGCCACCCGACCCCACCGCCACUCACCUUUCCCCCCUCUCCCCCUCUCCCCCUCUUCUUCCUAAUGUCUCAAUAAUUGAAACUGAUUUGUAAAAAUGUUACAUGGAAAAAAUACAAGAGAGAGACAUUACACAUACUUCUGU